AAUCCAACUCGGACGCAAGGCGACCGCUUGCGCGUAAUUCUUUCUAAUAAAAUCGGGUUCAGGUCGCUACGAUGGACACCAAAAAUGACGUCACUUUAUGUGACUCGCACAAAUUCGUACUCGUUAAACACAAUGUAAUAAAGUUCGCAUAUAUGCAUCUAGCUGCAUUAUACGGAGUCUACUUAUGUUUUACUUCUGCAAAAUGGGCUACAAUAUUAUGGGCGUUCUUGUUACUCGAAGGAGCAAAACUUGGAAUCACGGCUGGAGUUCACAGACUCUGGUGUCACAGAGCGUACAAAGCCAAGAUGCCGCUACAGAUCAUCCUCUUGUGCUUAAAUAGCAUCGCCUUUAUGAAUUCAGCCAUUUAUUGGGUGAGAGACCAUCGUAUACACCACAAGUAUACCGACACGGAUGCUGACCCCCACAACUCAAGACGCGGCUUCUUCUUUUCGCAAAUUGGAUGGCUGUUUGUUCGAAAACACCCUCAGGUCUUGGAGAAAGGAAAAACUAUUUACAUGGAUGACAUUUACAGCAACAAACUAUUAGUGUUCCAAAGGAAGUAUGCCAUUAUAGUUAUCGGACUGUGGGCGUAUGUUAUACCAACAGUAGUCCCGAUGUAUUUCUGGAAUGAAAGUCUGAACAAUUCAUGGCAUAUAUGUACGAUGCUCCGUCACGUUCUUACUAUCAAUUCGAUUUUCUUGGUCAACAGCAUCGGACAUAAAUGGGGGAAUCGUCCAUUUGAUAAGAGCAUCAGACCUGUUGACAAUAUUGCAGUUUCUAUUUUGUCUACGGGCGACUGUUUCCACAACUACCACCACGUGUUCCCCUUUGACUACAAAGCGUCUGAACUCGGAGACACCAUGUUCAAUGCGGCCACAAUAUUUAUCAAUUUCUUCGCCUGGCUUGGGUGGGCCUACGACUUGAAAGUGAUUCCGGACAAGAUGAUUAUUGCGAGAUCGCAAAGAACUGGCGACGGGAAGAACCUAUGGGGUUGGGGAGACAAAGAUCAAACUGAAGAAGAAACCAAGAAUGUAGAACUGUUGUACUCGUAUUCUACUUCUAAUUAGAUAACAAGGCAACCAUAUCAUAUUUGUAAGCGUUUUCCAUUAAGAUUUUGAUGUCAAAUCGAGCUUGUUUUAGUGUUAAUAACUUGACAUAUUCAAUGCGAGUAAUUACUUAGAUUUUAUGUUGAUACAUGUAGGUGCUGCCAAUAUUUUUAGAGAGAGAUUGUUAGGGCCUGGC